AUCACAAUUUGUAGGUCUGAGGCAAAUUUUAUUCAGGCAAUCAUUAAAGAUAUUGGAAACAAAUUGAAUCACACCGUCCUAAGUGUUUGUCAAUACCCAAUUGGAUUGGAUUCUCACAUAGAAGACAUUAAUUUGUGGUUACAAGAUGGAUCAAAUAAAGUUGGCAUAAUGGCAAUUUAUGGGAUGGGUGGCAUUGGCAAGACAACCAUUGCCAAAACUUUGUAUAACCUAAAUUUCGACAAAUUUGAAGGUAACAGUUUUCUUGCAGACAUAAGUAAAACAUCAAAAGAGCCGGAUGGUUUGGUCCGUUUACAGAGGCAACUUCUUUCAAAAAUUUUGAAGGGAAGAAAGGUAAAAAUUAGCAAUGUUCAUGAAGGAAACAUAAUGAUCAAAGAAGCACUUUCCUCAAAAAGAGUUUUACUUGUUCUCGAUGACGUGGAUCAACCAGACCAAUUAAAAGCAAUGCUCCUAAUGCAAGAUUGGAUUAAGCAAGGAAGCAAAAUUAUCAUAACAUGUAGAGACGAGCAAUUAUUGAAGGUAUAUAAAUUGUAUGAGAUUCACAAAGUUGAGGAAUUAGAUUAUUAUGAAUCACUACAGCUCUUCAGUUGGCAUGCCUUUGGAAAAGACCAUCCCAUUGAAGCUUACAUGGCGCACUCAAAAAGGGUUAUAGAGUAUUGUGAAGGGCUUCCUCUAGCUCUUGAGGUUUUAGGUUUCUUUUCUAUCCGGAAGAAAUGUAGAUGUGUGGGUAAGUGCAAUAAAGAAAUUGGAAGCAGUUCCUAAGAGUCAAAUCAUAGAAAAGCUCAAAAUUAGUUUUGAUUGAAGACGACUGCGACCGAAAAAUAUUCCUCGACAUUGCUUGUUUUUUUGUGGGAAAGAAUAAAGAUUUUGUAAUUACAGUACUCAAAGCUUGUGAAUUCUACCCAAUAGUUGGAAUUGACAACCUCAUUAAAAGAUGUCUCUUAACUGUUGAUUGGUCCAACAAGCUAAGAAUGCAUAGGCUUCUACAAGAAAUGGGAAGAGAAAUAAUACGUCAGAAAUCACCAACGUAUCCGGGAAGUGCAGCAAGCUGUGGCAUCAUAAAGAUGCCUUGAAUGUAUUGAGAAAAAAAAA